GGUGGCCUCGUCGUCUUUUCACGCGCGGGGCGCCGCCACCGCUCUUAGGAAGACCGGAGGCCCGCCAGUCAGGCGCAGGGGAGGAUCAGCAGAUGCGCCAGAAGGGCAGCCGUUUCCCAACUACGCAUCGGUGGGCCAGACCCGGCGCCUGUUGCGGCAUUACCCAGCCUCAGGUCGUGGAGCUCCAGCGCCGCCACGCCCGGCAGCAGCAGUAGCAGCAGCAUCUUGCUGUCGGCCGCCGCGCACACCUCCCCCAUCAUGGAUUCUUCUUUAGAUGCCGCCUUUCUGUCAGAACUCCCCACCCCAGGAAAGCCCUGGCUUGUUUACUAGAGCGCUGUGACAAGAGGAGGAGCUUACUUAGCCAUCUUCCUUCAUAGAAACGUGGACAUGGUGGCAAUCCGCUGCAUGAAAGUAAAUGCCACGCUGCCAAGAACCUUCUGAGUAAAUAUGGAUAGGAUUAGCCUAAAUAGCACAUGGAAUUCAUUUGUCUUGCUAGAACGUUAUGAUUUUUUCAAGUUGUCAGUAUUUUUUCUUGCGUUUUUACUCAGUGAAAGUAGGUUAAAUUGCAUAUCAGUCUCCCUGCUUGUUUAUAAAGCUUGAUUUCUGCUUAAGAGCCUCUUAGAAAUAUGGGGGAAAUUAAUACUGUUUAUUAACAUGCUUUGCCUAACUAAGCUUUGAACUAAAGUAUUUCACUUAGGAGUACCAUUGUUGUGGAGAUAGGAGGCUGCUUCAUGUAUGCCACAACAUGUAGGUAUACCAUAAAAUCUGACACUGCAUUUCCCAAGUGGAAUACGUAGAUUUUAGGUGCUUGAAGUUUUUCUUUAAAAAUCCAGUCCACAUGUUUGGUCACUAGGAACCUUAUUAUUUAUUAUAUAUAAAAUAAUAUAUCCCAUCUUUUUCCUUUUGAGGCACUCAAGUUUACUUACAUAUUUCUCUUAAUCUUAACCUCAAAGCAACCACCCUGUGAGGUAUGUUGAACUGAGAGUGUGUGACUGGCCCAAAGUCACCUAGUUAGCUCCAUGGCAGAGUGAAGACUAGAACCUGGAGCUCCGAAGUCUGCAGUCCCGCAUGCUUAACAACUACACCAAACUGGCCUUUACUUUUGAUAAUGUGACAGAUUCCAGUGAGUACAACAUGUCCCAAUGGUCCAAUAGAAAAUUCUGGCUGCAGUUCAUAGUAACUGAUUGCCACAACUGAAAAUAAUAUCUCUGCUGGGCAGACACACAGCUGAUGGCUACCACAGUGCACCAUAAAGUAAAACAUUCAUCUGAGGGCCAGUGCAUAGUUGAAGACUAUGGAUAAACUGACCAUGUGGGCUCCAUAUUGUAUAAAUAUUAUUGCAUUAAGAGUUGCCCUGUCCAUAUGCAAUGUUAACACUGGUGGCACACAUGUCCAGUUUAUUGAUCACUAACUCAACAUGAAUAGAUUUACUCAGGUGAGCAGUGAAAAGUUAACAAAAUAUUGUUAUUUUUGUAACACUUAGUAAAUUCAUGCUGUUGUUCAGAUAGGAAUAUAGCAUUUGUUGCUUUGUGUUGGGCAUUUUAGAAUUAGAUCAUGUUUUGAAGAUGAACUUUCUCAGGAUUAUAUGUGAAAUGGACACUGCUGAGGAAAUGGAUUCCACCUUCCUCAUGUGCACCUCUUCUGUGAAAGGUUGGAGGUCCUCUUGUGCAGCUUCAGAGGGAGAGAGGAGGGGGAAGUGCCGUUGCACCAGCGGAAGUGCCGUUGCACCAGCGGAAGUCUGCAUGCAUGCCGUGAGUGCAUGCAUGCAGUGCACUGAGUGCAUGCAGAGCUCCAGAACUAGAACAACUGAUGCUCAUUUCCCAAAGGGAAAAGCCAAGCUUCAGUAAUGCUCUUAGCUAAUAAGCACCAAAUCUUGUAGAUAUGAUUUUAUUUUUAUAGUUACUUUGAACAUAGACGUGUUAAUACAAAAUUAGGGUUGGCACACCCUGAAAGAACAGAUGGUUCAUAAAUUGCUUGAUUGAACACUAAUAUGAAGGAAUGGCUUCAAACUGAUUUACGAGUGACCUGUAUAGGCAGCUACACCACCGUGACACCUUCAGACGGCUUUAUUUUAAAACUUACAGUGCAAUGAGCCUCUAACAGCAUGGGCAUGUAUGUAUCUAUUUAGAAGUAAGCCUCACUGAAGUCAGUACACCUUACUCCUAGAUAAUGGUGUAAGGCUUGCAUCAUAAGUCUGCAAUCCAGUGCAACCCAAAUUUACCUGGGAGUAGAACACAUUGAAAUCACAGGGACUUGCUUUUGAAGAGACAUGUGUAAGCUUGCACUUUGUCCUGGUUUAAAGGUAUUUAAGGGUUUUAAAAAAUAACACACCUCUUUUAGAAGUACCCAUUCUUCAUAGAUGAUUUCAUUACAUUCAGUAAAUCUUUAUCCAGUAUGGCUCUUAAGUUUAAACCCUAAUCAGUUUUAUUAGGAUGUUUCAUAAUCAAAUGUUUUGAAAUCCAUCUGUGGAGGAGUUAAACUUCUUCCAUCAGAUUGGUUAUACCAAGUAGAAACAAUGCAGAUAUGUUUAUGCUUAAAGUUGAGUAUAAGCUAGCCUUUAAUUAUAGGGAAGGUAUUGGUUAAUUGCUGAAAGAAGUAGCAAAAAUCUAAUGAAUCCUGAAUCUAAUGAAACUCAUUAACCGUAAAGGGUAAAGCCUUUUUACUCUCACAGUGCUUCUACAGUUUCUGCUGGCAAAAGAUGGAAGCUUUUACAUUUUGGAUCAGGGAUGACCAGCAUACAUGAGAACGCGUUCACAAUGACUAAUGAAGAACCACUUCCAAAGAAGGUUCGCCUUAGUGAAACAGACUUCAAGGUUCUACCUAGAGAGGAGUUGCUCUUAAGGUGGAAGCAGUAUGAAGCAUAUGUGCAAGCUCUGGAGGGAAAAUACACAGAUCUUAAUUCUAAUGAUGUAACGGGAUUGAGAGAAUCUGAAGAAAAGCUGAAACAACAACAGCAAGAAUCUGCUCGAAGGGAAAAUAUCUUAGUGAUGCGGCUGGCCACUAAGGAGCAAGAAAUGCAGGAGUGUACUAAUCAGAUCCAGUACCUCAAGCAAGUCCAGCAGCCGAGUGUUGCUCAACUGAGAUCAACAAUGGUAGACCCAGCCAUCAACUUGUUUUUCCUAAAAAUGAAAGGUGAACUGGAACAGACUAAAGACAAACUGGAACAAGCCCAAAAUGAACUGAGUGCCUGGAAAUUUACACCUGAUAGCCAAACAGGCAAAAAGUUAAUGGCGAAGUGUCGAAUGCUUAUCCAGGAGAAUCAAGAGCUUGGAAGGCAGCUGUCCCAAGGACGUAUUGCACAACUCGAGGCAGAGUUGGCUUUACAGAAGAAAUAUAGUGAGGAGCUUAAAAGCAGUCAGGAUGAACUGAAUGAUUUCAUCAUCCAGCUUGAUGAGGAAGUAGAAGGUAUGCAGAGUACCAUUCUAGUCCUACAACAGCAACUGAAAGAGACUCGCCAGCAGUUGGUUCAGUAUCAGCAGCAGCAGUCACAAACCUCAGCUGCAGGUACCAGCCGGACUCCAACUUCUGAAACUACCGAUCAGGGAGAGGCUGUGAGCAAAGACUGCAGUCGUCUGGCUAAUGGACCAAGCAAUGGCAGCUCUUCCCAUCAGAGGACAGCUGGGCCCGGUUUUUAUAGAGAGAGUAGUGGAACAGAGGAUGACUUUCCACCCUCGCCAAACAAUGGUAAUAAGCUUUCCAACCACUCUGAAGAUAAAACUGGCAGAGGAUCUGGUAGCUAUAUAAAUCAACUCAGUACUGGGUACGAAAGUGUAGACUCUCCCACUGGUAGUGAAAAUUCUCUAACUCACCAUUCAAAUGACACAGACUCCAAUCACGAUCCUCAAGAGGAGAAAACAGUCAAUGUGAAAGGUAACAGAACUGCGGGGUCUCGUCAUGUUCAGAAUGGUUUGGACUCAAAUGUAAAUGCACAGGGUUCAGUUUUGUAACCUUUUUUCUGCUACAUUUUUAUAUAGUGUCACUUAAAUUGGGAGAAGAAAAACUGUCCAGAACUGUUCAAAUUAGUGCAUAUAUGUCACAAUUCUGCCUUUGUGGGUUUUUUGCUUCAAUACCUCUGCCACUUCUGAAAUUUUAACAACUAAUUACGUUGAAUGUUGCUACAAGGAUAUUUGUGUAGGCUCAAGGUAUUUUUGAGUUAAUGUGAAGUUGAAAAUGGAAUUUUAUUUCCAGGUAUAACACAAUGAUGUCUGUACAAAUCUGUGUAUAUCUAGAACUUGUGCUGUGUAAGGGCAUUCUUUACUCAUACUGUUAUAACACUCAGAAUUUGUCAUAAUAGCUGUGAGUUGAAUGAUUGCCAAGUUUGCCCAGUACAGUAGUUUUCUAACUAAAAUGAACUUGGUGAGGGAGUCCUGUAGUAGUUUGUGUUCCAGUUUUGCCACCAUGCAUCUGUGCGUUCUCUUUAGGUGACCGAAUGUUAAGAAUUUUGUGUGCAUAGUUACUCAGUUUAAGAACUCUUGUAUCCUGUUAAUACAUAUUGCUCUGUGACUCCAAUAUUAUCUUACCUGUACUGACCAAACCUAAAUAAAAAUUUUUAAUAAUGUAA